AUGAGCCCCUGGCAGGAUGUCCUAGCGCUUGGCGGAGUGCAGGUUGGGGAGAUAUUGCAGGCGGAGAUGGCAGUGAAAGGUAGCAAUUUGCUCUCUACCGCCGGGCCUAUGAUGUGCACUUGUCGUCUUGAAAUGACCUUUGUUGAAAAAGGGGGUACGGUGAAAGCUCAGGGUACUGGGUUUCUUAUCAACUUGCCUGAAAGGUACAAGAAGGAUGUCAUAAUGACGGCCGGGCAUAACCUUGUGUCAAGUAGUGGUGUCUAUGCGGAGAGCAUCGAUGUUGAAUUCUUCGUGUCCUCACCCGUCACCGUGCGCAGGGACAAGAAUCAGUACUUCGCCUCGCAAAGCUAUGAGAGGAUGCCAAACGCUGCCAACGGAGUCAACGACUAUGGCGUUAUCAUGAUUAGUAAAGGUGAUGUGAAAUAUUCCGGGGGGCACCCCGGUGGCUUUGGCUACAGCCUGCUUAUUCCCAAGGAAGAAUUGAUUGGGGUUAGGGCGACCGUUUAUGGGUAUCCAGUCAGAGAGGGGAAUCAACGUCCAGGUCCAUACCAUGCAUUUGGUAAAAUCAUAGCCGUGGGGGAUGGGCGAAUCGAGUAUGGGCUUACAACGCUUGGGGGACACAGCGGUGGGCCUGUCUGCGUAGAACGUGAGGGCGUGCAGGGAACAGUUUACAGUGUGGUUGGGAUUCAUAAUUAUGGGUCGGUGGGAAAGAACAUCGGAUCGCUUUUGACAUGCGACAUCUUGAUUGAACUAUUCGCUCAGCUUGAGGAGAAAAGAUCCCUUGAACUCGGGCUAAAGGUUGGCAGUACAAAUAUCUUCCUGAAGAUUCCACCAGCAUCUGGAUCAAAAGCUCUCGUCCGGCAAUCUAGGGACAGAUACACAAAUAUCUCUUUCGUUCCGGUUGAGACGUAUUCAGAAGAGAAUGGCGCCAGUCCGCCGAAGUGUGUAAUCGCUACAUCACUUCUCAGGCCGGUCACGUAUCUUGAGUUUCAUCAAAACGGAAGCUCAGGUGAGGUAAGGACGGUUCGGGGUGAGGACCUCACCGACAAUCGCCCAACUGAGAAAAAUGUUGUGAUCAUGGAGCAUGGGAGCGCCGGGAAGGCUCUGUGGUUUCAAAUUUCAACAUUGAAAACUCCAGAAAGCUAUUAUCUACUCAGGGUUAAUAUGGAAGAGUUCAAUAAACGGACAGGCUCAAAGCAUGGCUGUGACUGUACAGCACGUGAAGGCCCGGAUGUCGAGCUUAUAAGGUGUCCGAGCAAAACCACUUAUUCCAAGUUCACGUUCGCGUGA